UAAUUUAUUAUUUCCGUGAUAAUACGCAGGCAAAUUUCGUUUCACAUUCACAUUCACACAUUUUCUUAUUGGAAGUCGUGAGACAUCCAGAAAAGAAACUGGAGGCAUUAAGGAUAUCCACAUUUUUCUAGGACGGAUUAUCUGUAUUUACAGUACAUGUUGCUGUAACGACUUGGCGCGACAAAGGACAAUUCAAAAAUGCAGCAACCAGUGAUCGAAGAGGGUGCGGCCUAUGAGCCUUCCAACUGCAGGUAUGAUGAUCUUUUUCCGGCACUACCAGAAUCGGCCCCCGCAGUGCAAAAUGUUAACAACGCUAUGGGCCAGUGGAAUAACGUCAAAAUGCGAGUAUCUUCGACUGUCGUCACGCAAGUUUUUAGAGUACCUUUUGAAGAACGCAAGCUUGAUCACAGUGAGAAAUUCGGAGAGGGCGAAUCCAUGUCUGCCUGUCUUAACAUCAUGAAAGAUACGGGCGCACAUAUUGAAAUAUCAUCCAGCAAAGAUCAAUCGCUUACUUUUCUUGUAACAGGAAAGCAAAACGAGGUGUUAGAAGCUCGUCGAAAGAUCCUAAUCCACUUCCAAACACAGGCUAACAAGCAAAUAUCGAUACCAAAAGAACAUCACCGAUGGAUCUUGGGAAAGAAGGGAGAACGAUUGAAAGAACUUGAAAAGGUAACUGCGACGAAAAUUAGCGUACCUUCCAUGAAUGACAAUUCCGAAAUCAUAACCAUAAUGGGCACAAAAGAAGGCAUUGAAAAAGCCGAACACCAAAUACGUAUUACUUCAGAUGAGCAAUCGAAAAAAGCGUUCGAACGCAUAACGGUUCCCAAAAUCUACCAUCCCUUUAUCGUCGGUGCUUACAAUGAAAAUCUAACGGCCAUGAUUAACGAAACGGGUGCAAGAAUUAACGUUCCACCUCCGUCCGUGAUGCAAGACGAAAUUACGAUCGCAGGCGAGAAGGACGGCGUCCUAGCAGCUAAGGCGAAAAUUGAUGCCAUUCACAAGGAAAUGGAGAAACGCUGCACGACCGUCUCGGUUGAGGUACCGAAAUCUCAACACAAAUACGUUAUCGGACCAAGAGGAUCACAUAUCGCCGAAAUUUUACAACAGACCGGUAUCAGUGUGGAAAUGCCUCCGUCGGAUUCGGCAACAGGAACGAUUACUCUUCGAGGUCCCCAUGAUAAAUUAGGAAUCGCUUUAAGUAAGGUAUGCGAGAAGGCCAAUUCCGUAUGUACCACCGACGUGGAAGCACCUUCUUGGAUUCACAAGUACAUAAUCGGUCGCAAGGGUGCUAACAUAAAGGAAAUAACGCAACAUUUGCCCAAAGUUCACAUCGAAUUCACUGAAAAGGAAAACAAAAUAAAAAUCGAAGGUCCACCCGAGGAAGUCGAAAAGGCGAAGGAGCAAAUCGAAAUGAAGGCUCGCGAGUUGAUAUCGAAAUUGGUGUUCGAAGAGAUCAAUGUCGAUCCCCGUUUUUACAAACACAUCAUCGGGAAAAGUGGUGCUAACGUAAACCGUCUCAAGGACGAAACCGGCGUGCAAAUUAACAUCGAUGAGAGCGGAUUAAUUCGUUUGGAGGGCAAUCAGCCGGAGGUGCAGAAGGUCAGGCAGGAAUUGGAGGAGAUGGUUUUUAAGUUGGAAAAUGAGAAAGAAAAGGAAAUAAUCAUCGAUCAGCGCCAUUAUAAGAAUAUUAUCGGUACAAAGGGUGACAAAAUUCGAGAAAUUCGCGAGCAGUUCAACCAAGUACAGAUCAAUUUUCCGGGUGCAGGUGAUAAACGUGAUGUUGUUAAAAUUCGUGGUCCAAAAGAAGACGUAGAUAAGUGUCAUAAGUAUUUAGUUAAGCUUGUAAAAGAACUAUGCGACAAUUCGUAUCAAGUCGAUGUGCCAAUAUUUAAGAAGUUCCAUAAGUUUAUAAUCGGUAAGGGCGGCGCCAACAUUCGCAAGAUCAGAGAGGAGACGCAGACGAAAAUCGAUUUGCCCGCCGAGGGCGACAAGAACGACGUCAUCACCAUAACCGGCAAGAAGGAGAACGUCGAAGAGGCGAGGGAGAAAAUCCGCAAAAUCGAGGACGAACUUGAGAACAUCGUUACGGACGAAAUCACCAUACCGCCACAGUUUUAUAAUUCCAUUAUUGGUGCCGGUGGGAAGUUGAUACGUUCCAUUAUGGAGGAUUGCGGCGGUGUCGCUAUUAAGUUUCCCAGCGCGGAAAGUAAGAGCGAUAAGGUUACCAUCCGCGGGCCGAAGGAAGACGUCGAGCGUGCCAAACAACAGCUGUCUGAACUGACAAAUGAACGACAAUUGUCUAGUUACACUUUGGAAGUACGUGCCAAAGCGCAACAGCAUAAGUUUUUGAUCGGUAAAAACGGGGCGAACAUUAAGAAAAUUCGCGAUUCUACCGGAGCUAGAAUUGUCUUUCCCAACAGUUCUGAUGAAGAUCGUGAACUGAUUACAAUCAUAGGAAAGAAAAAUGCUGUAGAACAAGCGAAGGCAAUCUUGGAAGACGCCAUUAAAGAUAUUGAUAACAUUAUUGAAAGUGAAAUGACUGUAAAUCCUCGACAUCACAAACAUUUCGUCGCCAGACGUGGAGAAGUUCUGCAUCGUAUCAGUGAAGAUUGCGGUGGUGUCAUGAUAUCAUUUCCUCGUUCUGGUGUUCAAAGUGAUAAGGUCAUUCUGAAGGGCGCUAAAGAUUGCAUCGAUGCAGCUAAAAAUCGUAUCACGGAGAUUAUCAGCGAUUUAGAGUCGAUGGUGACCAUUGAAUGUAUUAUUCCGCAAAGACAUCAUCGUACCGUGAUGGGUGCUAAAGGUCAUAAGGUGCAAGGGAUUACGAGCGAGUUCGAUGUUCAAAUUAAAUUCCCCGAUCGUGACAAUAUGGAACCCUAUUACAACGAAGAGGGUCAAAUUAACGGAGACAUAAACGCCGAACCCAUCCGAUCGUGCGACGUCAUCCGCAUUACAGGCAAAAAUGAGAAUUGCCAGAAAGCGAAACAAGCCCUACUCGAUAUUGUUCCGAUCACCAUUGACGUUAAUGUGCCAUUCGACCUGCACCGGUCCAUUAUUGGGCAGAAAGGUCAAGACGUUAAGAAGCUCAUGGACAGGUAUGACGUCCAUAUCGUUCUGUCGCCGCCUGAAGAUAAGCAAGACAUUAUCAAAAUUACGGGAACGCCUGCCAACGUGGAGGAUGCAAAAGCAGCGGUCGAAGAGCGCGUUCUCGAAUUGGAAAAGGAGCGCAAGGAUCGCGAGUUGAGAUCGUAUUCAAUUGAUAUCGAUGUCAACCCCGAAUAUCAUCCGAAAAUUAUUGGCAGAAAAGGAACUGUAAUCUCGAAAAUUCGUCUAAAUCACGAUGUACAAAUCAUGUUUCCCAAAAGAGGUGAUCCCGAUGAGCAAAAGAUCAUCAUUACCGGUUAUGAGGAGAAUGUGUACAGAGCAAAAGAAGACAUAAUGAAAAUUGUGAAUGAAUUGAACGAGUUUGUUAAGGAAGAGCUUACGAUUGAUUCAAAAGUUCAUUCGCGUUUGAUUGGCGCUCGAGGCAGGAAUAUUCGCAAAAUCAUGGAUGACUUCAAGGUAGACAUUAAAUUUCCAAGAAGCGAAGAUCCUGAUCCGAAUCUCGUCAUCAUAACUGGAAUGGAGGAUAACGUUUUCGAAGCAAAGGACCACUUGCUCAUGCUUGAAGAAGAAUUCUUGCAAGAUGUCAUUGAACGCCAUGAACAUGCAUCUCCGUUUGCCAAAUUGGAUAACUCUGGCGAUCGCAGAGGUGAAGGAAACGGUUUUGUCGUACAGGGAGGACCGUGGGAGCAAAGGUCGCCAAACGCGGCACCGAACACGGCCAGCGUGACCGAGUUUCCAUCGUUUGGCGGUCACAAAGUCGACCAAUCGUCGCAUCAAUCUCGUCAAGUACUGGGUGUCUGGGGAUCCAGACGUUAAAAACAUUGCAAAAGACCAUCGAAUAAUUUGCGGUCAGUCCAUACCAUGUGUAAUACUUAAUUGUCUGUACCAAUGUACCAUUUUUGCUGAACAUACAAAAUCACUGCCAAUAUUUAAAUAAAUUGUAAUAGUUAAUGGACUGAUUCGUAAUGAUUACUUUUUCGUUUAUGGAGGGCAUAAUGCGACAUAUUUACUAACAUUUAGAAUAAGAUCAUUUAGCCAAUUUAUGCGACCUCUUCCCUCACUGUUUGCUGCAUUACAAUAGGCCUGGCUACGACACUGGACUCUGACAUGGAACUGAAUCAACAUUGACGCGUACGAUUUUAUUACUUUUAGGUCUUCCCGCCAAGUUUGUCGACAACGAAUGCUUGGCUGCCUAAAGGCCUAAUAAUGGCUCUAAUCAUCCGGAUGGAGAAGUUAUGAUUGUUUAAUUUUUAAUUUAAAGAGUAUUUAUAUAAUUGAUUAUGUUUGUUACUAAUAUGUGCAUAAAUUUUUAGAAAAUAAGCAUAUUUUUGUUGGUUUUUUAUUUACAUUCUUGAAGAUUUAAUAUAUAUAGAUAAUUCUGUUUUGUUGUAAAAUGGUCAAGCAAACUUGUCAUAACCUCUCUGUUUUUGUGAGGCGGUGCACGGUGCCUUCCUCUUUUAUAUGACCGUACUCUAAUGAAGCUUGUACAAUAUACCGUUAGUGGGGUGUAGGAUAUAUUUUUUAUUCACUUCCGUUUACAAUUUGCAGUUAAUUCUUAUCAAAGUAUAAAUAUUGUAUUAUGAAUGAUAAUUAUUGUAUUAUGACUGAACAUACUGUUGAAUCGGUACAAUUAUCUUGAGUUGAUUUAUAUAGUACUUGAAUCAUUUUUUGUAUAUAAUAUAUACAUAUGAGUCCUUGUGGUCGAUUUUGUUAGCCCAGGACUACCUGAGGGAGAGAAAUAUAAGAUUUUAAAGGACA